AUGGCGAAAAGUGCAUGCACUCCUUGCAGUGAAUGGGUUAAUAACAUUGAAAUAGCUCUUAAAAAUUGCCAAACAAAAUCAGAAAAAAUUCGUUUACUCACUGUUCUGCCACAGAGUUUCACAAAGACUCAAAUACAAUCUUUAUUCCCGGAAGCUUCGAAGUACAUGAUUGAUGAAGCUAGAAAAUUGAGAGAUACAAGAGGUAUGUACCACUUACCAGAUCCAUACAAUGGUCAUCCGUUAAAAGAGACUGCAAAGCAAAAGGCACUUGAACUCUAUCUAAACGACGAUCUUGAUUGUUCGCGACAAAGUCCUAACAAAAAUGAUGUAAAAUCAGUUAUUGAAAAUGAAGUAAAGGUAAAAAAGGUGAAGCGAUUUAUGACACGAAGCGUUAAUAAAGCAUACAAAGUCUUACUAAAUAUGUACCCCGAUAUUAAAAUAAGCCAAUCAAAAUUUUAUUCUCUACGCCCUUCUUGGGUAUUAAUUGAUUUGCCCCAAAAUGUGUGUUUAUGCGUGUACUGCGCCAACUUCGAACUUUGUUUAAAUUCUCUCAUUGGUGUAAGAAAUUCCUCUAAUUUUGAUAAAAAUGCAUUGAGCAAUGAAAUUUUCUCAAAAUUUAUAUGUGCGACAUCCACAGAUAAAUGUUAUUUACAAGAAUGCAAAAAAUGUCCUAACCCUGAAAGCAUUACUCCAGAAUCACUGCGAAUUCCUGAAGAAAUAAUUAAUGGGGAAAUAACUUUUGCAUUGUGGAAUAAUGGAGAGUUAGAAAAACGAACCACGUCUUGUUCAGCGUUUGUUAAAGAAUUUUUAAAAUGGUCUGGUAAAGCAAUUACGCAUAUGUAUGUCAAAAAUAUACAACGCGAAGAAAUUAAAAAAGCUAAAGAAGCAGCUAAACUUAAUAGUACUCAUUUAAUUUUACAUGGUGACUUUGCAGAGAAUUGGAAAAUUAUUAUGAAAAAUGAAAUUCAAAGUGCUUACUGGAAAACAAAAGCAGUAUCAAUAUUUACGGCCGUUUGUUAUUGUGGAAAUGAAGUUCGAAGUUUUGCAGUCGCAAGUAAUGAUAAGUCCCACGAUUCAGCCCAUGCUUUACUUGCAAUGAAUCUAAUAGUAGAAAACUUGAAACAACAGUCAGAAUUUAAUAAUAUAACAGACCUGACUGUUAUAAGUGAUGGAGCAGCAGCUCACUUUAAGAAUCGAAAUCAAUUUUAUGAGUUACCCAAUUCACCCUAUAACAAGAAAUGGUUGUUUUCUGCUACUGGGCAUGGAAAAGGAGCCUGCGACGGAAUUGGUGGCCUCGUAAAACAUUUUGCGACUGUUCAUAAUUUACAAAAGUCGCAACUAGAAUCAAUAGAUAACUCCGAAAGUUUUGUUACAAAAGUAAAAACCUACACUUCUGCCAUUACGCUGCUAUUGAUUAGUGAUGAUGAUUUAAAUAAUUUUCGGAAAAUAAAACUGGAAGAAUGGAAAAAAUCUAAAAAUAUCAAAGGCAUUCAAUCGUCACACGCUUGGAAAGUAGAAAGGAACCAAAAUGGUGAUCAGCUUUAUAUGGCCCGAACGGCUAUCCACACCUAUAAGAAAAUUUAA